UUGCUCCCAUCGACAUGGCUCACUUCCAGUUCCUCAGCGUUGCCUCCAGCCUGCUGCUCCUCCUGGCUCCCACUUGGGCGGGAUUAAUUGCCCAGCCGAGCAUCAGCUAUGUGGGCGAUGAGCACGCGGUGGCCCACACCCAGCAGAAUGUGGUGAGGAGCUUCGACGGCACCGUCUCCCACUAUGCCAAAUCGGUGGCCACGCCCUAUUCGCAGGUCCACAAGCAGGACACCCGGAUCAGCAACAAUGUCUACCAGCCGGCGGUGGCCAAGACCUUCAGCUAUGCCCCGGCUCCAGUUCCAGUCUCGAUCCCAGCUCCUGUCUAUCACAGCCACAGCACUCAGCAGGAACCCUCCCACCUGUUCACCCAGGCAUCGCCGGUUUAUCACCAGGCAGCUCAUGUCCAGACCCCUUCGGUCUACCAUCAGGCUGCCCAUGUGGAGACCCCUUCGGUCUACCAUCAGCCCGCUCAGGUGCAGAGCCCCUCGGUCUACCACCAACCUGCCCAUGUGGAGGCUCCCUCGGUUUACCACCAGCCCGCCCACUACAGUCACCAGCCCGCCGUCAUCCACUAUUCCCCCGCGGAGACCGUCUCCCACAUGACCUUCGAUGGUUUCGGUACCCACUACGGAUUCUAG